UGAACGCACCACUUUACAACAGGAAGUACCAUAAUGUGUUUUGGUCAGUCGGCGGCGUAGCGACCGAAGCUAACCAACUACAACAAGGUGCAACCACAGCAACCGAUGCGAGGAUGGAUCCGUGUAACAGACGUCCCGUGACUAUUCCAUCUGAAACUUGACUCGCCAAAAAUGUUGGUUGACAAACUGUCAAUGUUUCAGUGUGCAGGGAUUAGAAAACGGCACCGCGGGACUAAACGCUAGCUAGGACAACGUGAAGCCGAGCAGUAUGCUGGAAGUGGGGAAGUGGCCCGUGUUCGCGCUCCUUCCUCCUGAAGAACUACGGCUCAUACGGCAGGCUUGUGUCUUUGGCAGUGCUGCCAAUGAAGCGCUCUAUGUCACAGUAAAUGAGGAGGUCUUCGCUCUGGGCACCAACUGCAGUGGCUGUUUAGGCCUCGGAGACCUCCAAAGCACCAUUGAGCCGCGCCGGAUUGAUGUGUUGUGUGGAAAGAAGAUCGUGUCCCUAAGCUAUGGAACUGGACCACACGUGGUUAUCACUACUGCAGACGGAGAGGUGUUUGCUUGGGGCCAUAACGGCUACAGCCAGCUGGGCAAUGGCACCACCAACCACGGGCUGACCCCCGCCCUGGUGUCCACCAACCUCAUCGGCAAACGAGUGACUGAGGUGGCCUGUGGCUCCCACCACAACAUUGCCCUCACCACUGAUGGAGAGGUGUUCGCGUGGGGCUACAACAACUCGGGCCAAGUGGGUUCGGGGUCUACGGUCAACCAGCCGACACCGCGGCGGGUCAGCAGCUGCCUGCAGAACAAAGUGGUGGUGAACAUAGCCUGUGGUCAGCUCUGCUCUAUGGCCGUACUGGACAAUGGAGAGAUCUAUGGUUGGGGCUACAAUUGCAAUGGACAGCUUGGGUUGGGCAACAAUGGGAACCAGCAGACCCCCUGCAGGAUCGCUGCUCUCCAAGGUGUCAACAUUGUCCAGGUUGCCUGUGGAUACGCGCACACGUUGGCACUCACGGACGAAGGGAUGGUUUACGCCUGGGGAGCAAACUCGUAUGGGCAGUUGGGGACAGGCAACAAGAGUAACCAAGCUCUCCCCACCCUAAUAAACACCGACAAGGAGAGGAUGGUGGAGGUGGCUGCAUGUCACACCAGCCACACGUCCGCUGCCAAGACGCAGAGCGGCCAGGUUCUGAUGUGGGGUCAGUGUCGAGGUCAGGCCGUGGCCAGCCCCCACGUGACCCAUUUCAGCAGCACGGACGACGUGUUCGCCUGCUUCGCGACCCCGGCGGUCACGUGGCACCUCCUCUCAGUAGAUGGCGAUGACUACCUGACCGUUGCCCAGUCUCUGAAGAGGGAGUUUGACAGCCCGGAGAUUUCCGACCUCAAGUUCUUGGUUGACGGGAAGUGUAUCCAUGUCCACAAAGCGCUGCUGAAGAUCAGGUGUGAACAUUUCCGUGCACUGCUCAACGAAAGUGACGAGGAUGCCGUAGAAGUUCACCAGUUCUCGUACCUGGUGUACCGAGCCUUUUUGGAGUACCUCUACACAGACACCAUCAACCUGCCACCAGAGGAUGCCAUCGGCCUGCUGGACUUAGCCACAUACUACCGGGAGACCAGGCUCAAGAGGCUGUGCCAGGAAACGAUCAAGAGAGGCAUUUCCGAGGAGAACGCCGUCACUCUGCUCUCUGCCGCUGUCAAGUAUGAGGCGCGGGACCUGGAGGAGUUCUGCUUCAAGUUUUGCGUCAACCACCUAACGGCUGUCACGCAGACCCAGGCCUUUGCAGACAUGGACCACGACCUGCUCAAGAACUUCAUUAGCAAAGCCAGCCGCUACGGGGCCUUCAAGAACUGACUGGAGGGCCCCCGUAGCGCCGCCACCAGGUCUCGGCUCGCUGAGUUGCUGAGAGUCGACAGUGGACCAAAGUGCGUGGCAGGCUGGUGAGCGCUUCACAGCCUUUGUCUCUGGGGAUGAUAACACACCCCCCCCCCCACCGGAGAGGCGAAUGGCUUCAGAUCGUACGUGUUGCCAGCCCUAACCUUAAAACCAUCCCACGCACAGCAGCUGCCGGUAUCGGGUGUCCCCACUCGCAGACGAGCAAAGGGCUGCCCCGGUGGUCCUCUUUGUGUCACUGACAGAAGGCCCGGCUAAUAACUGGUUGUGUCUGAUUUGUUUGAUCAACAGUCAGAUUGAGGUGGCUUUUUUUUUUUCCUUUCUUUUUUUAACGAGUUAGGUGAAUAAAUGAUCAAUGCGCGUAUCACACUGUAGCCAUGACUUGACCCUUCGAGUCGUGCUGCUUUUCUGUGACGCCUUGAUGCUCCCGUCUGGAUUGAGAAGUCGUAUUUAGUGAGGAAAAACUCACGCUGUUGUUGUUGUUUUUGAGAAAACUUGUGUCUGAUACCCUUUUCUGAACAGCUAUAGCUUGUAUCUGUUCAACGAGACCAUCUGCUCUCUCGCAUAAGUUUGCCACUUUGUUUUGUAUUGUAGCUCUUCACCUUUGCCAUCCAAGCUUGUGGUUACUGAUUGAUGUCGACUAACAUUUUGCUGCUGUCGAUAGGGCAGUGAGCUGACUUAUAGGAGCAUAUGGACUCCUGUGCAGCCUGUGGGUGAUGUCACACUGUAGGUGCAGCUGAUUUUUACUGUGGCGUUUCAGUUGCAAUUUGCUAUGUUUACAAAUAUUUUGUGGUUUUUAAAGUUUCUUUUUUUUAUUAUCAUGAGUGUUUAUGUUUGCAGCAGAAUUGUGUUUCUUAAACAAGUCUUGCUUUGUAGGAGUCCCCCAGUAGCACCUUGUGCAAAUUAAAUAGUGCCGGCUUGGUAGAAUUGCCAACUGACUUUUGAAUAUAAGGUCUUUUAAAUGUAGCCAUUGGAUACAUUUCCCGAUCUAUCUAAAUAGACAAAAUGCUCUUACUUUAACAAGCCAAUUAUUGUAUUUUAUUUUUGGGAAACACUUUGGUAAUUACAAAAGAAAUGCCUGUGUGUUCUUGUUUUGUAUGGAAAAUGCUGUAAUAUGCGCCACAGAGGCUAACUUUUGUAAUUUUAAAUAAAUUAAAUGACGUAACCAUGAA